CUGGUUUGAUACUGUGGUGAAUUACAUCUAAUUCUGUUCUUUUGAGGGGAAAAAAUAAGUAAUUUUUUGUCCACACUUCUCCUUUGCAGCUCUGGUGCACCCUGACCAUUUCCCUGCCUCUCAGGCUCUGGGGAAAAUGUGAAUAGUUGUGAAAUAAGCUGUUGGAUGACCGUGUUGCCAAAGCAAUGGCCUCUCAGGAAUUCACUGUGUUAUACACUCACCAAAAGAUGAAAAAAGCAAAAACAUGGCAAGACGGAAUUCUGAGGGUUAGAACUGGCAGAAAUCAGGCUACCUUGUUUGAUGAUAAAGGACAAUGUCUGGAGAGUAUUUUUAUAAAAUCUCAGGUGACUCCUGGAGAUGAUUUUGAAAGUGAGCGAUAUUUGAUCACAGUUGAAGCAGUCAGAGGGGGUGAAAAGCCCUCUCAAGACCAGCCAAAGAAAGCAGAAGCUCCAGCAGUGGAUAGAAAUGGUGUAAAACCUGGUCUUCUACCCCCAAGACAUCUCCCUGUCGGCUUGAAAAGGAAGUUUACGGGGUUCCAAGGGCCACGCCAAGUUGAGAAGAAAAUGCCAGCCAUGGAAGAGGAAGAAAAACCAACAGUGUUGCCUUUAUCUAAGGAGUGCCAAGGGAGUUUUCCAUCCAAGUUCUAUAUCAGCUCUCCAUUAUUUUCCACAAUUUGCAAGAAGGAUGCAGAAGCAAAUCCCUCUGCAGGCUGUCGGGAAGAGAGAUGGAGGGACAAUGGCAGAGAAGAAAUGUCUGUGUCCUCGCUGCUUUCAGCACCCUUUAGUGACAGCUGUGAGGAGACAGAGAAGCCAAACUCCCACCAGUUUGUUGUGAAGCCAGACUCUCCUCUCCUUACUGGGCACGCUGGUCCCGGGGCAGUGUCCCACCACAUCAGGAGCACAGCACAGAUAAUCGCUCUUCUGAAGUCCAAACCAGCACAAGGACACGGGGAGCAAACAUCUGGAGUCACAGGUUGCCUUUCCAGGUUUCAGGCAGCAGAAAAUGCAGAUUUAUGUGACAGAAAAAGCCCCGUCCUCCCUGCUUUUUCAGGCGACCCUGCCAAAGGACUCGUUCUAGAUACUCAGCACCUGCCUUUUAGACAGGGAACUGUAAAUGAUGAAAAGGACUGGAAGGCUCAAAGGCUUCCAGAUUCAGCUGAACAACCUUGUGGUGGAGCAGUCACAGGACAGAGACAAGACAAAAAGGUAAAUAAUUUAAGUCAAGAUUUACAGGAUCACUGCAACACAAAUAGUUACUUCCUACCUGAGUCCACUGUAAGUAGAACGAGUGACAGUGAGUUUGUCCCAUCCUCAGGUGACAUUUCACUUUCAGCAAGUCCAACUGCCUUUGAAAACAAUCCCUUUGGGUACAGGGAGCAUUCAGGGACUGACAGGGAGAAUUUCUCAGUGAAGUUGGAGAGUGAGCUUCAUCCAAGACCACAUUCAGAGGGAGUGUCCCCGGAGCUCUCUGGGGAUGUGACAUGGACUGAAGCUGGAAUUGUGAAGGAGGAGUCUGGUUUGCAGGACUCAGACUCUAGUCCUGAUGGGGAACUGAUGGAGGUUAGCUUUAACCUAAUGGAGACUUUUGAUUUUAAUGACACAGACAAUGAAGAUGUGUGUGAAAGAGAAGGGAAGGACUUGCCUGAGGGAGACUCUUCACAGAGCCCAGGUUGCUUACAGGGAGAAGAUGUAGCACAAGAUGCUGCAUUGAGGCCUCAUUUGAAGCCUCAUUCUUGCUGUGAAGUAGAGACACACAGCCAAAAUGAAGUAAAGUGUUCCAAUUUUGAUGGAGAGAGGGGUUCACCACCCCAGCUUUGUGACAGUGAUGCCAGGAGAGCUGCAGAGGACGCUGCAAAGCAGACCAGAACCGAAGUGGAACUUUUAGAUGAUGGCUGCAACACGAAAGAGAUCAAUGAAAGUCAAUCAAGUUUGGAAGCCACGACCAAAGAGGAGGAUCUGGAUGGCUGUGCAGCACUCCCCAUUAAUGGCACAUCCUGCAUAACAAAACAGCACUCUGCUCUCUUGCCUGGUGACACCAAUGUUGAUGAAUGUCGCCCUGAAACCGGGGUGUUGGAGGCAACUGGAAGUCUUCCAGGAUUUUCUCCCAGCAGAAUAAUUUCUGCCAUGGACAAAAAGACCAAGGAAGGAGUUACACAGGUUGGGUGCAUGGAAUCCCCAGAUGUUGACUCAGAGCACUUCUGGGGUACUAAGAGUGAUGACAUUAAACCAGGCAGCCCUCUGCUGGCUUUGUCACAAAAAUCAGAUCCUUUAGAAACAGGUUAUUCAUCUCCAGAGGAAACAGCAGCAGGAGAAACUGCAUUGGAAAAUGCAGAGAGUGUAACUGCUUCUCCUGAAGCCUGCAAAGGAGAAGCAAUAGGGGUGGAUUGCCUGAAAUGCAUAGCAGUGGCUCAGAAUUGCACAGGACUUCCUGAUCUGGUGAAUGAUCUCGCUCUUCUAAGAGCUUUGACUCAGCAUAGCACAGCAUUAGAGAGCUUGCAAAAAAUGGAGGAAAAUACCAGCAUGUUCUGUGAAACAGACACUUCUAAGGAGACACUUGAACCCCUUGAGAAAGAUGAAGCUGUAAAAGAGUUUACAGAAAUGCCUUACUCAGAAAGUUUACAGGCAUCUUCCCGUUCAUACUUUGAUUCUCCUGGCCUUAUGCCCACCUGUGUGGACAAUUUAUUACAGAAGACAGAGGCAUAUAUUGUACCAAUAGCAGCAGCCCAGAGAGACCCUGGGACAUCUGACUGGCAACCAAAGUCUCCAGGUUCCAGGACCCUUCGUAAGGGUGAUGUUGACGUUACCAGAGAAGGGAAUUUUCAAAUGAAGCCUGAUGUUAUUGAAGAGGCAGGGAUAAAUCGGUCCUCGCUGGCAUUGGAUGUGUAUCCUGAAGUGCCACCAUGGACAAUGUCACGCUCACCCUCUGACCUGAGACAAGCACAGUGGGCUGCCUGGCAGCCUGGCAAGAUUUCCUCAGAACCAACUUCCCCACUUGAUCCAGACUCUACAAUUUCUCCACCUUGGGAAAACGAGGAGACUAUUGGAGACAUCCGGGAGCCCCUGAUGCAUGGGAUCUUACCAAGUGAACCAGAACUCCCAGAUUUUUUUUUCUCCCGGGAGGAAUCCAGCUCUCCAGAGGGAUGCUGCCUCCCAGCACUCAAGGCCACGAUGAAAACACGAACUCCAUUUGUCACUCUUCCUGCCACUGGUGGGAUUCCUGGCAUGUCUGACCCCGCUGAGAGUGAGGAGGACCAGCAAUCUUUGGACUCUUCAGGAGGCAUUUUGUGCAGCGAGCCAGUGGCGUUUCCUAGGAGUGCUCCUGGCCCCGAGGACAGGAAUUAUGAAACCUCUGUGUUUGGGGAGUACAUGGAAGAGGGACAAAGGGGAUCUGUGCCACCAGUGCUCCCUAAUGUGACUGCCCGACACAGACAAAGCAAGUGGCUGAAGUAUCAAAGCCGUGCUCAGUGUGAUUUGAUCCCAGAAAACAGUGCUGAUGAGGAAGAGAACGAUGACAUCUGCGCCCAGAGCAUCCUUGGAAUGCUGCCAGGUGACACAGGAGAGGGCAGAGCCAUGAAUGCAAGUGUGAAUCCACGUGCUCCCAGCUCUGCACCGCUGCUGCCAGCCAGGAGCUCACCUGGGGAAUGCUCCAGGGCUGCCAACACCAGCCUCCCAGAUCUGGUUUCAGAGGGGAAGGUACUUUCCCUGCACUCGAGGCAGACACCUCUGGCUGCAGCCACACAAAAGGUGUUGAGUCACCUGAGCUGCCACACCGGAACAGGAGACAGCCAGGGCAUAACAAUUUCUGAGUUGUCUUUUCCUCCUGUGGAUAAAGUGAAACAUGCCAAUCUUCCUAAAAGGAAGAUUUCCAUCCCAGCUGUGUUUCAGUCUCACACUCACUACAAACAGGUUUUUAAAGCUGCUCUGACAGAGCAAUUGAACAUCAUGCUGUUUGAGCUGGCACAGAGGCUGCACAAUGCCCUCUCCAAAGUGGAUAUAUCAUUUUACACUGCUGUGAAAGGUGGGCAAGGCCAGAGCCAAGGAAGCAGUGCUCCACUCUGCAACCACAUGCACCCUGCCAAGCUGGUGAUGGUUAAAAAAGAAGGUCAAAACAAGGGUCGUUUGUUCUAUGCCUGUGAUGCCCCAAAAGCUGAGCAGUGUUCCUUUUUCAAGUGGAUUGAAGAUGUGAACCCCACACAGACAAAAUCCAGACAGAGCACAGUGCUCCAUGAUACAAAAAGUAUUGGGACUUACCUCAGGAGUCAAAAGAUUGCUGUCUAUGAGGAAUGCCAGCUUUUGGUGAGGAAAGCCUUUGAUAUUCCAACACAGCGGUACAGUAAGUUCAAGAAAUUUAUGAAUACACCUGCAAAGUUUGAUGGUGACUCCAGACCCAAAUUAUACCUGAAACUAAGCAAAAAGGAGCAUUCUUCUCUCUACAGCAGAGAUGACAUCUGGGUUGUUUCCAAGACCCUAAACUUUGAUCCCAUGGACACUUUCAUUGCCAGCAGUGCUUUCUUUGGACCAUCCUCCAACAAUGAAAUAGAAUUGCUACCACUGAAAGGCUACAGUCCCUCCAACUGGAGAUCAAACAUGUGUGUUCAUGCCUUGCUGGUUUGUAAUGCCAGUGGUGAGCUGGCAUCCUUAAGGAACAUGGAGGAGCACUUCAAUCCAUCCACAUUACCACUAAUCCCAUAUCUCCUGAAAAUGAAUUUUAAUUCUGAAAAUGCUACAAAGAGAGUCAACAGAAGGAAAUUUACUCCACCUGCCAUGAGCCUGAAAUGCUCAGUGAUGUCUGGCCCUGUGAGCUCUGAAGUGGCAAUGGGAGUGGCUGAAGAGAUGAUCCAAAGGUUCUCCCUGAACCCAGACCAAGCAGCAUCACUGAUUCACAUAGCUCAGAUGAUGACCUCCUGUGGGAACCCCAAAUCAGGGCAAGAACAUCAGAGCUUCCCCAUCACAAUCAUACGUGGUGUUUUUGGAGCUGGCAAGAGCUACUUGCUGUCUGUGGUGAUCUUGUUCCUCGUGCAGCUCUUUGAAAGCAGUGAAGCUACAGAGGGUCCAAGGGCAACUCCAUGGAAACUUCUCAUUGCUUCUUCCACCAACGUUGCUGUGGACAGGAUACUGUUGGGCCUGCUCGAUCUUGGAUUUGAGGAUUUUGUAAGAGUGGGAAGUAUAAGGAAAAUCACGAAAGCAAUUCUUCCUCAUAGUUUACAUGCAGGCUCAGGAAAUGAAAAUGAGCAGCUGAAAGAGCUGCUUGCUCUCAUGAAAGAAGAUUUGACUCCAGCUGAAAAAAUGUAUGUCAGGAAGAGCAUUGAGCAGCAUAAACUGGGGACCAACAAAACUAUUCUGCAACAGGUGAAAGUGGUUGGAGUGACGUGUGCUGCCUGCCCUUUCCCUUGCCUGAAUGCACUCAGGUUUCCUGUGGUGAUGCUGGAUGAGUGCAGCCAGAUGACUGAGCCUGCUUCUCUGCUUCCCAUUGCCAGGUUUCAGUGUGAAAAGCUUGUCCUUGUUGGAGACCCCAAGCAACUACCCCCAACUAUUCAAGGGUCUGAGAGUAUUCAUGAGCAGGGAUUGGAGCAGACUCUCUUUGACAGGCUCUGCUUAAUGGGACAUCACCCAAUCCUUCUUCGGACCCAGUACCGCUGUCACCCUGCCCUCAGUGCCAUCGCCAACGAGCUGUUCUACGAUGGAAACCUCAUCGAUGGGAUUUCUGAGGAGGACAGGGCUCCUUUAUUGGAAUGGCUCCCAACACUCUGCUUCUAUAGCAUUCAUGGCAUGGAGCAAAUUGAAAGAGACAACAGCUUUUAUAACAUGGCAGAAGCUCGUUUUACAGUCAAGCUCAUCCAGUCUCUGAUUGCAAGUGGAAUAGAAGGAGCUGCUAUUGGUGUGAUUACCCUUUACAAAUCACAAAUGUAUAAGAUCCAGAAUUUGCUCAGUGGGGUUCACUCUGAGGCUUUUGAAGUCAAGCCUGUCCAGGUGUCCACGGUGGACGCGUUCCAAGGCGCUGAGAGGGAAAUCAUCGUCCUGUCGUGUGUCAGGACCAGGCACUUCGGCUUCAUAGACUCGGAGAAGAGGAUGAACGUGGCACUGACCAGGGCCAAGAGGCACCUGCUGAUUGUGGGAAGUCUGCCCUGUCUGAGCAGGAACAGGCUGUGGGGAAGAGUAAUUCACCACUGCAAAGGAUGGGAAAAUGGCUUGCAACAUGCAAGCCAGUGCGAGCAGCAGCUAAAUGACAUUCUCAAGUCUUACUUGGAGAACUGGGAGGAAGAAGAACAGAGUAAGAAAAAGGAAAAAUAAAACAUGUAUUGAUUUUAUGAACAAAGUAUUAACUGCUUGUAAUAGCAAUAGCUCUGGUAAUUUUUAAUCUAGUAUGUAUUGAAUGUGGGGUAUUUUUGUUUGGAUCUCAGUGCAC